AUAUCUUGAUUUUUUUCCAUUUUAUCUCUUUAAUUUGAAAGGACGAAUUGAAAAUAUCACCUUUACUCCCGUGCCCCCGUUUAGGCGAUAGUAUUAUCUGUAUAGAAAAUGUUUAAUUGUCCGUUUUUGUUUGUUUCUUGGCACUCUCGAGGCCUUGAAAAAUUAUUUGAUGCAGAUAAGAAAAUUAGAAAAAGAUCUGGUAUUCAAUCAAGAUGCAAAUGACAUCCAAGAGCAGAGAAGGUUAUAAAGAUGACGAGGAUCCGGUUGACAAAAACUCCUCUGUCCCGUUUAAGGACAGGAGGAGAGAAGCGCACACCCAGGCGGAGCAGAAGCGAAGGGAUGCUAUUAAAAAGGGCUACGAUUCGCUUCAGAACCUCGUACCAACUUGCCAGCAGUCAGACACCGUUGGGUACAAACUGAGUAAGGCGACUGUACUGCAACGCUCAAUCGAUUACAUACAAUUUCUCCUCCAACAAAAAAAGAAGCAAGAAAAGGAACGGAAUGGGCUUAAAAAAGAAGUGAUGGCGCUUCAAAUAAUGCGUGCCAAUUAUGAACAGAUGGUCAAAUCCCAACAAAACCAGCCUGGUAUGUCUGAGAGCAGAGUCUGUGACGAGUUGAAAUUUCAUGUUUUUCAGAGCAUAGUCGACCAAUUAUUUAUCACAUUUAGCUCUGUCUCUGUAUCUAAUUUCUCAGAGUUGUCCUCUUUUGUUUUCUCCUGGCUAGAGGAACAUUGCAAACCCCAGAGUUUAAAAGAAAUGGUGAUGUCUGUUCUUCAGAGGAUAUAUUCUGCGAGAGCUUAUACCUCACCUCCUGAAUAGAAUAUCAUCAUUUAAACAUCACUCGAUAAAUUAGAUGACAGUUUUUCAGUGAAUUUUUAUGAUUAAAAUAUUGGAUCUACAAGCAAUAUUUUUAUGUCUCAGUUACCAUGUGUUUACAGAGAGAACAGUUGUAUAUAAUGGAACCGUUUUGUCAAUGAAAAAAAUUGCGGAUCAAUAAGUAUCUAUAUGCGGUAUUAUUGUAAAGCGAAUGGGAUUGACUUUUAUUGUUAAUUUUAAUUUUUUUGUACCAAGGUAAAUAUAAAGCUAGAUUUUAUUUUUA